AUGCCUGGUAUGCUAAUGUGUAAUACUUUGACAAACCCUCUUCAGCCAAAGUAUGAUCUCGAUUGCGAGGUCGUAGCUAUAGUUGGGAUGGGUAACGUUGCCGUUGACGUAGCUAGAAUACUUCUUUCACCGAUUGAUAGACUCUACACUGACAUACCCGAACCUGUGCUCGAAAUACUGUCCAAAAAAUUUCGCGGAUUGGUUAAUCUACGCGAAAUUGAAGACAAUCACAUUGAUUUUCGGAUCCUCCCUAUUGGAGUUAUUGAAGAAACAUUAGGACCCUGCGAGAAAAGAUCAGAAAUUAUUAAGAACCUCCAAAGACCUCGUAGGCGCCUUACGGAAUUCCUUAUUGGAUUAAACGCUCCUAUG